AUGAAAAAAGGCGCCAAAAUCAAACGCUUAAAGAAGCAACGUAGGGAAGCAAACGAGCAGCUUGAUUUCGAGCGUGCCCAAAUGAUUGACGAGGAGAUCAAAAAAUAUUAUAUUAAAAAGUAUCGACCAGAUUUUUCAGACGUUAUUAGGAUCCAGAGACAAAAGGAUAAGAUAAAAUUAAAAUCUAUUGGAGAAUCAAGCCGAUUAGAAGAAGAAUCCAAAGCGAUUCAGCUUCAUUAUAGAGAUUUAUUAAAUGAACUUAAAGAAAGACAACUUCAAGAAAUACAACAGUUAAAGGAAGAAAGAAAACAAACUCUCAAAAGAGAAAAAGAUCGUCCAAUACCAUUAGCACGCGAGAGAUUGAAAAAAGCAAUUUUAAUUGGAAAAACAGGCGACUAUGAAUUAGCGAAAAAGAUUAGAGAGGAAGCUAUAUCAAUUACAGAACAAGAAUUACCAAUUAGACUCGAAGCUUGCAAAGAAACGUAUCGCCGCUUGGAAGAAAAGAUGAAUAGAAGGCAUAAUAGGGAAGUUUGCUCCCUAUUACAAAAGAUGUUAAAUGAUUCGCAGCAAGUUUCAAUGAAAUCACUCAAACGUCAAAAUCAAUUACUUGCUUCAAUGAGAAAUCAGACAAUUAAGGAACAAGAAAGCUAUUGGAAGGCAACCAAAGGUUUUAGAUAUAUUCCAACUUACUAA